GUUGCGCGGAUCUCAUUGGAUGUUCAGUCUUAGUACACCCUCCUUCCAUGACUUAUAGAAUCUAUAUCGGAACAUGACAUUGCCAGACAGGAAAAUAUUGGCAUCUCCGUUUUCUAACAGUCCCUCCACAAGCACAAGAAUGAACACUGAAAGAAACCCUAGGUGACUGAAAGUUAAACUUUAAGCAGCACAUUCAUCCUCCAAAAUGUUGCGUCCAUGUGAUCUAUCAAAUAGAUGAUUUGGGCCGUUGUUGCGAGUCAUGGUCCAGUUAGGGUAUCUCAAGACUAUACCCGAAAGAAAGUGCCUUUUUUGCCGUUGAUUUUGUAGUAGGGUCCUGGUUGGCGUCCACAACCUUUGUUCUCCGUAUAGAUGUUUCGACUGCAACAAUGUGAACCAUCACUCUCAGACCGGGUGCUUUCUUCUCGGCGUGCUCACUUCCAACAAUAGCCCAGUUAGAACAAAGGCUCUUUAUGUGAAUGUAAGGAGCCCAUUGAUUAUUCGCAAUGCAUUCUCUUGUCGGUCUUAUCUGUGGCGCUCCUGGAGGCCUUCAGGUUACAUCCACUACUAUAAAAGCCCGCUUCUAUUCAAACUACCGCGAGGAGCACAACAGCUACCCCCAAACCCUAUUUCAACAUCUUUUGACAUACUCGCAAUGGCGGCCGAUAACACAGAUCAGAUGUUCUGGAGCCGCGAAUUCGCCCGCCUCGUCGGGGUCCUGACUAAUGCUCAUCUCGUAAGUGCUGCAGAGCAUGGGGAAAUAUGGGGCCACAUCUUCGAUUGGAAGUCUAGCCUGGCAGCACUGAUCCACGAUCUUUUACAACCCGAAAGCCUGCUGGCAACCGAGCAUCCCCAACUCCACGAGGUGCUCUCAAGACGCUACUACGCCAGCAUGCAAGCCAGAGGGGAAACAGAGGUAUCCAAAUGCACGCACAAGGUGGACGGGCAGCAUCGAACAGAUAGUUAUAGAUACCAGCAGUGCAUACACGACCAACAUUCUACUAUCUAUCGCCAAGGCGAGGAGAACGUGCCUGAUACGUACCGCGCUAGUCUCUGUCCCAAACUGCUCGACGAGUUUGUACUUCGGGGUAUUCUGGGGUCUGGAACCUUUGGAGUCGUCUUCCUGGCUCAUAAGCGAAGUGAUACCAGACCUGCAGCCGAACAAAAAUUAUACGCAAUCAAGGUCGAGACUCUAUCGACCAUCAACACCGACGUGAGAAAACGGAGCUUACAUCCGAGUGUGGCACCUCUAUACUACCAGGAGCCGCAUGACUUCCGCUAUAUUCCAAUGGAGGCCUACCUUCUGCUGCUCAUGGCUGGCUGUAAGCGGUUCCCGAUGCUGGACUCCGUCUACUCCCACGGCAAGUACAAGGCAACAGUAAUGGAAGCUACGGUCCGAAAGGAAGUCCGUGAAAAGGAAUACAACCCGUAUUCCGAAACGGAGGACUGGUGCGAGAAUCAGAAUAUGUUCCGCCCAACUAGCGGAUCCUUUCGGCUUGACUCGAAAGAAAAGAAGACUACACUGCUCGAAACCGAGGCCUGCAAGAUAUCAACCCAACUGCUGGAAGCAACAGCAUACCUAUAUGACAUACGACUCUGCCACACAGACAUCUCUCACGUCAACUACCUACUCGAUGAUGACUCAAAUACAACCCUAAUCGACCUCGGCCUCAUUCACUUCGGCCUCCACGACGCCGACUUCCAAAAAAGCCACACGCCCUACAUCGCCAACUACGAGAAAUUCAUGACUCCCGAACUCGCCACCGAACUGCUAAAACCCGAAUACAACAAUACCAAAUUCCGCUCCCGCACCGUCCAAAUCCCCCUCCGCCACGACGUCCGCUGCCUUACCCUCUGGCAACUCGGCUGCAUCUUCUACGAGCUCCUGCACGGCUUCGCGCCUUGGGAAGAGCCAAACCCAGAUCCGGAUAUCGGGCGCCUUGUCGAUUGGACCAGGGGCCAGGGUGCCGCACAGCAGGCCCGGAGAGCGCGAAAGAUAAGGCAGCGGCGGAGGCGCAUUAUUAGAGAGGAGUUGCCCGUUAGUGAUGAGCUAUCGCAGGAUUGUGUGGAUAUGCUGAGGGUUAUGUUUACGAAGGACCCUGAGGAGAGACCGAAGUUGCAGGAGCUGUUGUCCAUGCCUUGGUUUGGGCAGGCGAGUUAUCGGGAAGAGUGGAUGGCGCAGGAGAGGAGGACGAAGGCUGCUGGUUGAGUUAUUUCUACGCAGUACUAGUGAAUGGAUGGAUGUCGGAUUAAUCGUGGGUUUGUUGACUAGAUUGUCAGUCUCGCAGGCGAGAUGGGCAAAAUAAUGAUCGCGCUUUCUUCUACUUCUUCGGCAUACGAGCAAGAAGUAAUUGUAUCUAUAUAUAUAUCAUUGAUAUCGAGUCAAAUUGCUCAUGGAUGGAAUCAAUGCAAACCCAAUUACCCUAACCCCGUUUGAAACAUAAAACCCGCGUAACAGAAAGUGCAAGGAGUAAAUAAUAUGGUUAUAGCAAAUAAAUGUACUCAUACCAUCAUAAGUAGUAUGAAUCACAUCACCUCCGCAGACUAUCCAAUCGCGCCUGCAAGUCAUCAUCACUCG